CUUAGAGCAGGAUUUGUGGUGGAGCUGCCUUAGGUGGUCUCUGCAAAUAGGUCCUUAGCAUCCCGUGCCUGCCACCGUGAUCUUGAUCGAGCGCCAAGGCCCUUGAGGGGUCGCAUGGGAGGUUUCCACUAGCCCACAAGCGACAGCAUGGCAGCCAUCCCCUCCAGUGGUUUGCUCAUGGCCACCCACGACUAUUACCGCUGCCUGGGUUCCACUGCCAGUAACAGCUCCUGUGGAGGUGCAGAGUAUCCUGGGGAAGCCAUCCCUCACCACCCCGGUCCCUCCAAGGCCGACCCAGGUCACUGGAUGGGAAGUUUCUUUUUUGGGAAGUCCACCCUCCCGUUCAUGGCAACACGCUCGGAAUCUCCCCAGGCCUCCAGCGACUUGAUCGCCUGUGACUUGACUCUGGAAGCCAUGAGGAAGCAGCAGCCUGGUGGCCAGUCUGGCAAAGCGAACACCGGACACCCGUCCCCAGUCCUGAGAGGCCACUGGCCCUCUUCAGGAGGCGCUAGGCUCAUCAGAGACCUUCCUGUCCCCUCCUCUCUCCACGUAGACUAG